CCCGGCCCACGAACAGCCUUCAUCUUCCCAACUGAUAGUGAAUGUUGAUGGUCUGCUUCAGCUGUUUGUUUUUACUUCCUAAUUCGUACAGAUGGUCACAGGUAUAGUCGAAGACCAGUAACUUCCCCAUAAAUUUGAUGCUGCACGGGUCAGAUAUCAGCUAUCGAUCACUAGGGUGUCAUAUGGCCACCGAAGGGCAUUGUUCCGAGAACAGGCAUACGACUAGUCCCUGGAACUCUUGAUCCAUCUGAGCCGACCUCCCGCAUCAAUCGCGAAGCGUUUCAUUGGCACAAGAAGCUGCGAGAAGUCGCGACUGCGCCCUGGUUUUUGCUCCCUAAGCUGCUGCAGGUUGGUCCAUGUGUAGCUUCCCUAUUGUCGGGCGCCACGGCCCAGUGGCAUUUCUGCAGGCUGUGGGCUUUUGUUCUCGGGUAUGGCAGUGCGUGUAUGUCCCCGAUAUAAGCCAUUCGUACGCUUUGUCCACGAUACGUACACUUGUCUUCUACUCUCAUACGACCUUUUUACCUCAAAGCGCACGUUUUUGUCCGUAUUCCCAUUAUGUCCUCACAAGGCAGAUCGUACGGAGCGCCCUUUUCGCCACAAGAUCUAUACUCUCAGUGGCCAGGACGUCGUCCGGUCCAUCCAAGUCCGCUAAGAUCUACAUGGACUGUGGAGGAUUCCUCAGACAUUCUCCAGUAUAUCCCCACUGGACAGACAGCGCCAGGUAGAUAUGCAGGCUUUCCCAAUCCCGCAAUUUGGCAAUCACCUACUUCUCGUGGACUACCGCCUAUCCCACCGAUAGGGCCGUACCUCUUCUUACAGCGUCAGGAGAAUCCUUCACAUGGACCCCAAUCCCCUUCAAUACUUUCUCCACUCGUCCUCGCCUUCCCACGCACUUCGUCAGACGAGUCCACUUGGGACCAAUCUUCGUCCACUCCACGCCUAGCCCCCAGGACCGCGCAACCCUCUCUUCCCCCACCCACUGUUGCACCGACCGGAAGUACCGCAACGCAGGCUCAUUCAACUUCCGCCAACGUCGGUUCUAGCGAUCGCGAUGACCAAUCUCCUCCUCAUCUCUGCGCCUGUAGCGAUCCC